UCAAACCAGCUUGGAUUCGAAUCCUCAUUCUUCUGUGUGACCCUGGACAAGACAGCCUUUCGGAGCCAUGGUUUGUAAAAUACAGGGGUAGUGAUUGUUACUGGAAGGGCUGCACAAAUGACAGGCAGACGGCACUGUGGGUUUUCCUACCUUCCUCCCUCCACCGCAGGGCCCAGGUAGGGACCAUGUCCCCCGCCAUCGCGCUGGCCUUCCUGCCACUGGUGGUGACACUGCUGGUGAGGUACCGGCACUAUUUCCGACUGCUGGUACGCACAGUCUUGCUCCGGAGCCUCCGAGACUGCCUGUCAGGGCUGCGGAUUGAGGAGCGGGCCUUCAGCUACGUGCUCACCCAUUCCCUGCCUGGGGACCCCGGUCACAUCCUCACCACCCUGGACCACUGGAGCAGCCACUGCGAGUACCUGAGCCACAUGGGGCCUAUCAAAGGUCAGAUCCUGACGCGGCUGGUGGAGGAGAAGGGCCCUGCCUGUGCGCUGGAGCUGGGCACCUACUGCGGGUACUCCACGCUGCUUAUUGCCCGUGCGCUGCCCCCUGGGGGCCGUCUUCUCACUGUGGAGCGGGAUCCACACACAGCAGUGGUGGCUGAAAAACUCAUCCGCCUCGCUGGCUUCGACGAGCGCACGGUAGAGCUCAUCAUGGGAAGAUCAGAGGAGGUGAUCCCGCGCCUGCGAACCCAGUACCGGCUGAGUCGGGCUGACUUGGUGCUCUUGGCACACCGGCCCCGAUGUUACUUGCGGGACCUGCAGCUGCUGGAGGCCCAUGCCCUGCUGCCAGCUGGUGCCACUGUGCUGGCUGACCGCGUGCUCUUCCCUGGCGCACCCCGCUUCCUGCAGUACGCCAAGAGCUGUGGCCGCUACCGCUGCCGCCUCCACCACGCUGGCCUCCCCGACUUCCCUGCCAUCAAGGACGGCAUAGCCCAGCUCACCUACGCUGGGCCUGGCUGAGGUCCUGCCCCGGUGGGGACUUACUGCCUGCCUCUCCCACCCCAACCAAGCAAGGUCCUCAGAACAUCCCCCUGGCUCCCCACAGUGGACUGACCCACACUGGGCUCAGGGCUAAGCAGGCUCUCCUGCCUCUGCCCCACUCUGGCUCCACAUUAAUCUGAGGCCACAAGUUCUGUCAGGCUGCUUGAGCCCUGGUCCCCCGCCUUCCAGUCCAGAGCUGUGGAUUAACAGGCAGCAGCCUUGAGCCCCCAUCCCAGCCCUAUCACUGCUUAGCUGGCUAUUGCACAGGAGUCCCUGCCCACUCUGAGGUUUAAUCUGUUCUUUUAACACCACGGAGGCUGAGCUCCAGGGGCCUCCCGGUUCGGGCCUCAGAUAGACCACCCCUUCCCAGCUUCCUAGUCCAUGCAUUCAGGGUGGGACCAGAGGAAACAGGCAACACUGGGUCAGAGGCCCUGCGGGAAUGGCUAGGUGCAGGCCGGGCCAGGGGAAAUGGCAGUGGAGCCUGGGUCCACGGCCAGGGCUAUGCUGGCCUUCCCUAGUCCCAGCCCACAUCUGCCUGAAGUCCCUGGAGUACCUUCUCCCCAAAGCUCAAGAAAAGACGUUAGACUCCUCUGGGCCCCACCCAGAAAUAGACAACAGACAUGGGGGAAAAAUCAGUACUGUGUCU